AUGUCGGAUUCCCCCCAAUCCCCUCCCAAGGAGGUUGACCAAGGUGCACCGUCACCCGACGACGAAGCACAAAUGAAUGAGCAACAAGACCCACAGUCCGCAAACGCUGCGGGUUACGAGUUUGAAGGCGUAAAGGAGCAAGACCGCUGGCUCCCUAUAGCCAAUGCCCGCUCAGCCGUGCAUAUCUGGAUCCCUCUCAUGUCUUGCGAUUCGUCCUCCAAAUCUCCUAAAGCGUCUCGCGCCUCAAAGGCCGACAGAGCUGAUGAGCUUGAUGCUAACAUUCGAAACUUUGCUCCAGUCGCUCGCAUUAUGAAGAAUGCCCUGCCUGACAACGCCAAGAUAGCGAAGGAGGCAAAAGAAUGCAUGCAAGAAUGUGUUAGCGAGUUCAUAUCAUUCAUCACAAGUGAAGCAUCGGAAAAGUGUCAACAGGAAAAGCGCAAAACCGUGAAUGGCGAAGAUAUUCUCUUUGCCAUGACAUCCCUCGGCUUUGAAAACUAUGCUGAAGCCCUCAAGGUUUACUUAAGCAAGUAUCGCGAGCAACAGAACCAAUCCAACCGUGAAAGAGUAAACAUGGAUAACGGACAGUGGGGUUCUGGUACCAUGAUGGGCGAUGCUAAGGCCGAGUCUGGCGCCGUGGGCGACUUUGGACACGACGGCAACAGCGUUGAAAGUGGUGCGGAUCCCAACUACAUGUAUGGGUCCCAGCCCGGCCACAACGGUAAUGCUCCUGAAGGUUUUUAA